CUCCACAAGUCAAUCAAACUACACUACCUGCCACUGACCGAUCAUGGCUACUCAUAGCAAUUUGAAGAAUGUGUUGAUUGCAUUUGUUGCUCCACUUCCCUCCAUACUCUUCUACCUCUCUUUCCUUCGCAAUUACCAUGAAAAUCAACAUCCACUUUACAAUUGGUGCUAUAAUCACCCUCUUCUUUUUGCUAAUCUCUUGUUUUUCCUCAAUGUCAAUGUACUCUUCUGGCUCAUUGGUUUUCUCCUCUCUAGCCACUGGAUGAUAGAUUUGUACUGGACAGUGAUUCCAGUAAUGCUGGUGCAUUUCUAUGCAAAUCAUCCAUUGGCACAGUACAAUGUUUGGAGGUCCAAUGUGGUUAUAAUAUUGACUUGGAUUUGGAGUAUAAGGCUUACGCAUAACUACUUCCGGCGUGAGAAUUGGCAGUGGGGACACAGGCAAGAUUGGAGAUUUACAGAUAUGAGCCAUCAGUUUGGCAAAAACUGGUGGUGGAUCUCUUUCUUUGCUGUUUAUCUCUCUCAGCAGGUUUUUCUGAUGGGUAUAUGCCUACCUAUGUAUGUGGUCCACUCCGAAGACAAGCCAUGGAAUAUCUGGGAUUUCAUUGCCGUAUUCAUCUGCUUGUCUGCCAUCAUAAUCGCCUAUUAUGCGGAUACACAGCUCCACGAUUUUGUGAGCAGAAAUCAGAAACUAAAAGAGCUUGGCGAGCCAAUGGUUCCCAAUCUCGACGAAGGCCUCUGGAGGUAUUCACGACAUCCAAAUUAUUUCGGGGAGCAGUUAUGGUGGUGGGGACUCGUCGUAUUUGCCUGGAACUUGGGUCAGUCUUGGACUUUUGUCGGUGCACUGACUAAUAGCAUGUGCCUGGCACAUGUCACUGGGCUUGUUGAGAAUAGGAUGCUUAAGCAAGCCUACAGAGCUGAAGCAUAUAAGCUCUACCAAAGGACUACAUCUGUGUGGAUACCAUGGUUCAAGUCAUCCUCAAAAGGAAAAGAUAAGAAAACUUGAGCCUAUUUUCGAUCUAUUUGAUCUCUUCCCUCAUUAAAUGUCCACGAUAAGAACAAUUGAAUCAGUAAUCUACUGUAUUGUGCUUUGUAAUUAUGUCUCUUGUAUAAUUCAUUUGCCUGCAUUUGUCCCUUGCAAAUCUGCAACCUUCUUAUCAUUUAUCCACUGGUCUUUAAAGCUAGCUAAGAAGAAUUGAGAAAUGUCCCGUUUUGAUUUUA